AUGGGCAUUUGUUCUUCUAAAUUAAGCGAAGAAACUGAUUCUUUAAAUUCACAAUUUUCUCAAAUUUCACAGAAUAAAGAAUCAGAAUUUCUAUACAUUGAUGGUCGAAGGUUUCAUAAUCUAGAAAAUGUCGUAUAUCCUCUCCCUAAUGACGAUGAUGAAGUAGAUAGGCUACACUUCAGACAUUUUUUAACCAAAAAUGUUUGGAAAAGCAAUUUCUCAGCUCCUAUUAACCAUAUCUUGACUAAUCCAGAAACCAAAAUCCUUGAUGUUGGAUGCGGCGCAGCAUCAUGGUCAUUUGAUAUGGCUACCACCUAUCCGUUGAUUAAUAUUAUUGGGAUUGAUAUUUCUCAACAACAAGCGACACAAAUAAAGCCUAAAAAUUUUACUUUCGUUAAAGCAAAUGUUCUAGAUGGAAUACCAUUCAAAGAUAACACUUUUGAUUAUAUAUUUCAACGUAAUUUAAUGAGAGCGUAUACUGAGCAAGAUUGGCCACGGGUAGUAAAUGAACUUGUCAGAGUUUUAAAACCAGGUGGAUACUUAGAGUUGAUGGAACGUUCCAUGUUAUACAAUAUGGGACCAGCUACCAAACGUUUAUGUGAUGCUGAAAUAGCAGCAAUGAGCAUCCAAGGCACUGAUGCAUUUGCAACACAAAAAUUAGAGAAAUAUGUACAAAAUCAAGGCCAAUUAGAAAACAUCAAAAAAGAAGUAAGAGAAUGCCAUCAUGGUGCAAAGUCUACCCAAAUCGAUCUUAAUCUUAGUAAGACGGCUAUCUAUAUUUCUGUUACUUUGUAUGCUGCUUGGAAGCCUCGUUUAGCAAAAAUCAUGCAAAUUUCUCCUGAAGAAUAUGAUGAGUUGGCUAAUAUAUCGGAAAAAGAACUAUUUGAGUAUGAUGCAUAUUUUGAUAUAGUUCGAGUUUAUGCAAGAAAAGUAGUAGAUAGUAAUGAAAUA